AUGGCCUCCUCCUCCCCUUUCACUCCCACCCAAUCCAUUUUCAUGUCUGCAAAGAUUUUCCCCGAAAUGGCAGGGCUUGGAGAAUUUUUUACUCAGAUAGAGGUGGGUACCCCUCCGGUCAUCCAGUUUAUGGCUAUAAGCACGGGGAGUGACGUUACAUGGUUUCAGUGUAGACCAUGUAAUUGUGACCAAUCACCAGGCCUCGGAUUUGACCCCCUCAAUUCCACUUCCUUUUCCCUAGUCCCUUGUGACUCCGCCGCGUGCAAUCACCUCCAUAAACACGGUUGCAACAACAACAGCAGUCAGUGUCCAUACAAGGUAGAUUACCUGGACGGCUCCUUCACGAACGGCUCCCUUGUGCUCGAAACGCUCACGUUUGGGAGCACUGCUGUUCCGAAUGUGUUUUCUGGGUGCGGGCACACCAACUAUGGCUUGGAUCCUUUAACCAACGGCUUGGUGGGCCUCGGAGCUGGGCCAUUGUCAUUGCCGACUCAACUUCGGCACCGUGGAUUGGCAGACGUCUUCAGCUAUUGCUUGCCGGGUUUGUUUGGAGGGCCACCGGGCUGGUUGAAUUUCAGCCUUCCAGGUGCAGUGCUACCUGCGGGAACCGCAUGGAUUCCCUUGCUCCGUAACCCAAAAACACAGACUUAUUACUAUGUCGGCCUCUCGGGUCUUGGGAUUGGAGACAAGCAACUACCCAUUCCCGCAAACAGCUUCAAAAUGACAAAAGAAGGCUUUGGAGGAGUGAUUAUAGAUUCGGGUACACUAUUUACCAAACUACCAAAGCCUGUUUAUGAGGUUUUUCGUAACGCUUACGUUGCGAAAACCGUAAAUCUUCCUCGGGCUCCUGGGAAUCCCAUGUUUGACACGUGCUACAACCUAUCUGGGUUAGCGCCGGUUCAGGUUCCAAACGUGUCAUUUUUCUUUUCAGCCGGACCAAUCUUAACAGUGAAAAUAAGGAACAUUCUAGUUAAGCUAGAACAUAUUACUGGCAAAGGCAUUUUCUGUUUAGCGUUUGUUCCAACCAACGAUAGUGUCUCCAUCAUCGGGAACACUCAGCUAAUCGGAAUCCAGACUUCCUUCGAUGCAAGGGCUGGAUACGUGGGAUUUGGUCCGAGCAUUUGUAGCCCACCAGAAGAUUCUCCUCAGUGUCAUGGGCAUUGGCCUCCUAGGAGUAUAGCUUUGGAGAAUUAUAUUCCUCCAAAUCCAUUAGUGCUUGCAUGUUUACUUACAUGUUUUUAUAUGUUAAUAAAUGCACGUGAUUGA